UUUGUGUGUGUGUGUGUGUAUGUAUGUGUAUCUGUCUCUGUCUAUACCUGUCAGAGUAGAUGUCCCUGUCUGUGUGUUUCUGUGUGUGUCUUCACCUGUAGGUUAGUUCAGCUACUUGUCCUCAUCCACGUACAAAAGCUCAUGGACACGCCCCUCUCCAAAUUUAUGGAACUUUCAUUGUCCUAACAUCGGUGCAUUGUGGCCUCAGCAAAGAGGCUUUUACUGUUUGGGAUUAGUCUGAUUGAUUUAAUAGGAACCAGGAUGUAGAAGCAACAAGACGCUGGUUGCUGCUCGGGGGAAAAUGUGGACUGGAGCAUUCACUGCUUGUGGGUGAACAGGUUGUGUGAGUGUCGAUUGAUAUCCUGUGUGAAAUGAUGGCGAAUUGGGGAAGGGCUGGAAGAAGAGCGAGGGAUGAGGUUGAGAACUCUCCUCUGUUCCAGUAUUUGCAGGAUCUAGGACACACUGAUUUUGAGGCAUGUUCACCCAUCUCUCAGGAGCAGGAGGAGGAACUGAACGCUGGUGUCCAGGACAUCCUGCCCCCUCCCAGAGCAGGUGGGAUUUGGAGGCUGGCUGAGAUCCUGCGCUCUCUGAGUCCGUUUCGUCAGAGCCGUGCCCCCCUGCAGCUGGAGCAACAGCUGGACGCUGCGUUCCGGCAGUACUCUCUGCGCUGUGUGUUGUCUCAGGAUGUGCUGUUGCAGGAGGACGUGGAACUCAUUGAGCUGUUAGACCCCAGUGCCCUCUCUCUGGGAUCCACAAGUACUGCCUGUCCGAGUGCCACCUCAGCCCUGCCUGCACCCCGCUACCUCUCCACACCAUCGAUAUGGGAUGUCUCUGUACUGGUCGGGCUGUUGGCCAUCCUGGUCACGGUUUGGUGUUCUUGUCCUGACGAUGGACGAGGCCUGCUGUGGUUGUGUGUUUGUGCGGUGUGUGUCUUAUGUGUGCGUCAUGGCGUUCAUCUGUGGCACAAGGCAGCAAUGCAGCAGCAGGUUCAGGCUCAAGCCGUCCAUCUGGAGAGUUUAGUGAUCAACAGUCGAGCUCUCACCAGCCUGGCACGCAAAUCGCUCCGUCUCAUCCAGGAGACCGAAGUCAUCUCGCGGGGAUUCACCCUUUUACUCGACAGGGUGAGUGCGGCCUGUCCCUUUAACAGGGCGGGGCAUCUGCGCAGCCAGCAGUUGAUUGGUUUGAGGAAAGCAGCCUACCAGAGUCUCCGCUGCGCGUUCCGUGCCUCCCGCAUCUCCACCUGCAUCAUGCUUAAGUCGUUUCCGCUCAACUCCGAGAUCGACAACGUCACCAACUAUGUGUCGACCGUACCAAUCAGAGAGCUAGGUCUGGGCCUGGGGGCGGAGCAUCUCUCUGAUGAGCAGGCACAGGAGCUGACCAAUGACUACAGUUUACCUGCUCUCAAAUUGCUCUUUCAGUUGUGGGUGGGCCAGAGCUCGGAGUUUUUCAGGAGAUUGGCUCUGAUGCUGUCCUCUGGGAGGGCGGAACUAGAGUCUAAACCCCACCUUCUCGCGUACAACAGCGUGGCCACCGUCACUGCCUCCCUUCAUCCUUCCCUGGCAUGUUGCCUUGGUGACUUGCAGCGCAGCUAUGAAUUCCAUCGCUACUUUGAGAUGCAGCAGCAGGCGCAGAACUCGGGCCGAGCAAAUCGAGCGCGACAGAAAUGCAGAGAGCUCAACUCACUGCACACGUCCAUCCGCAGCCUUCAGCUCCACCUCAAAGCCCUGCUCAGCGAGGUGAUCAUUCUGGAGGAUGAGCUGGAGAAACUGAUGGUCGCUAAAGAGUCAGAGGAGGUGACAUGUGCAGGUUACCAGGAGCUCCGUGAGCGCCUGCAUCUCCUGCAGCCUCACAUGCAGGCUAGCUCCUGCUGCUGGGAGGACAUGACUGCUCAGGUGGAGCGCAUGCUGCGCAGGGUCACACACUGCCCAGGAAGUGAAGAUAGUCCAGAGGAAGCAGCUGGUCCUGUCCCACCUCCUCCUGUCCCCAUCUCACAGAUUGAUGACACAGACCCCGUCCCAGAGGAACAGGAACUGGAGGCCUACGUCUCUGACUCGGACUCAGACUCAGAGUGGCGUGGGGCUGUGGACAUGCUGUCGCCAUGGGAACGGGAGCGUCAGCGGCGUGAGAGGGAGGAGUCACGCAGAGUUUUACUUGAGCUUAAGUCCGUUCUGGGGAUCCGAACUUCUGAGGGAGAGCGAGACAAACGCAAGCUGCUGCUGUUCAGUGACAAAGCUGCAGUGGGUCAGGUUGCCACGGAGACAUCAGAUCAUCACCCAGAAUCCUCAGCGGGUCCAGGCUGCACAGACCUUGCAGCAUCUGCAAGCAACCACAUCUCCCAACAGUCUUCAGGAGGAGAGGGGGAGGAGUUAAAGGAGGAUGGAGGAGAGGCAGUGAGAGACAGUAUGGAGGACAGAGAGACCGACGUAGCUGUGACUGAAUUCUGUUGCGGCGAUUCUGAGAGCGCUGCAGAAACGCAAGAUAAGACAGGCGAGGAAGAAGGAACACGGCUCUUCCAGUCAGACGGGCUGAUUAAUGAGGAGGCGGACCCGGACGGAUCGCACCCCCUCACUCCCAGAGUCCCCACCCUCUCAGUGAUUGACAGACUUACAGAACUGCAUGGCUCUGAAGUGCUUAGCAUCGGCUCGGCUCUGGCUGCUCAGGUGGCCGCUCGCUCCCACACUUUCACACACCUGCAGGAAUGCACCUAUGGGGACUCGGAUGAGGAGGAGAAAGAGGAGGAGGAAGGGGAAAAGGAAGGAACAUCGCAGCUAGAGGGAAUGGAGACAGCAGAGAAGUGAAGGACAGGAAGCUGAACUGUUUUAGUAUAUUACAGGUUAUUUAUUCCCAUCUGCCCUAGAUUUAUUUAUUGAGCUUGAGGUCAGGACAGCAGCACAUGUAACCGGUGUGCAAGUGAGUUUUAUAUGUCCGUCCUUUACGUGCCUCCAUGUGUGGUCUUGUUUACAUUCUGUCUACUGUCACAUAGUCCAUCCCGUCCCCUGUUUUCUCGCAUUAUGCCUCAGGUACAGGCUAGCAAAUACAGACACGGAAUUCUACAGUCAUUUACAUCAAAUCUUAUAGGCUUAUUAUUCAAAUAUUAGGCUUAUAUUGUAAAUGUGUACAGUAAUAUUUUGGCUACUUAUUGGACCGUAGAUAGUUUUUUUAAAAUUAUUAUUAUUCCUAAACAUUAUACCAACAGAAAACAGAUUCAAGCUGACAAUAUUCAUAGACCUGCUUGUUAUUGUGUUUGCAUUGUGCCCUUUUUGAUUCAAAUGACAAAAGUCAAACAAGCUAAUAAUAUGAACACUUCAUAAUAAAUAGAAAAUGAAAUAAAAUCCCCUGGCUAUUUCACAGAUCCACACUGAGGACCCACUAAUCUGUAAGAUUGUUCGUUUUAACCAUUACACUAACAAUUUACUUUUUCAAGUUGGUGAAUCAAUGUGCUGUUGUUUUGUUUUUUGUUUUUUUUGUAAUAGACUUUUACACUGAAUAAAUGAAUAUUUAAAGCAGUGUAGUAUAGAAAGAAACCAGCCUCGAGCUUUGAUUUUGUUCAGAUUCUAAUAAUUUUGCUGUAUGUGGAUGUCCGAUUGCAUUUCCAGUUACUUUUUAAGUAUGGAAAAAAGAAAAGAAAUGAAUUCACACAUGAUUUCCCUUUAUUAUAAUUGUAGCUGAUCAGCCAAGACAUGAUUGACAUCUGACUUUUGCUCAUGUUAAACAUUGAGGCUUCAAGAUGUAAUAAAACCUUUAGUCAGCAUUAGGUAAUAUGGCUGCCUUAUAACAUAAUGGAGCAGAAUGUUAUUAAUUAUUGAGUUUUUACACUCACUGUUCUUGGCUGAACUUCAUGUAGUCCUUUUUGAGAUGCUUUUCUGCUCACCACAGAUGUAAAGGCUGCUUGUUUGAGUUACCGUAGCCUUCCUGUCAGCUUUAACCAACCCGGCUGUUGUUCACUGAUCUCUCUGAUCAACCAGGCCCAUAGAACGGACACCCUGGAACUCCCUGGAUGCAUUGUUUUGCUUUUGCUCCAUUCUGUGUAAAGUAGGUACUGUUAUGUGUGGAAAUCUCAGAUCAGCAGGUACUCAAACCAGCCACGGUCUAAGCCACUGAAAUCCCAUUUUUCUCCUUUCUGAUAUUUGAUGUGUAGAUGGAUCUGCAUUAUUUUUUGCUUCUGCAACAUGAUUGGCUGAUUUGACUAACUGCAUGAGUGAGCUGAUUCUUAUUAAAGUGGACGCUCAUGUGUAAAGCAGAUUGCUUGGUUAAUCGAAUCCAAUAGGUUGCAUCUAAACCUAACUUAAAAACAAGCAGGAUUAUAAAUCAUGUCAACUUGAAUCUAAUGACGGGUUUAAUUUGAAUUCUGUGAGAGAAAUUCAGAAGUGUUAGAAAAAAGGCUGUAUUUAUGACUUUUUUUUUUUUUAUAAAUUGCCAAACUAUUAUAGUACACAUUUAUCUAACAUGCAUAAUAUUUGAAUUGUUCAUAAAAAUAAACCUGUGCUGAGAGUCUGUUGUGCGUAGCUCUGUCUUUACGCCGGGGGUCGGCUUCAGGGAAGGAACUUCCACUUUUAUGUGACUUUAUUUACAGCAAGCAGAAUGAUGGGUGAGUGAGUAAGUGAAUGAGUGAGUGACUGACUGGAUGAAUGAGUGAGUGACUGACUUUGUGAGUGACUGACUAAAUGAAUUAGUGACUGAAUGAAUGAGUGAGUCAUUGAUUAAAUGAAUGAGUGAGUGUGACCGACUGAAUGAGUGAGUGAGUGAACGAAUGAAUGAGUGAGUCAGUGAUUAAAUGAAUGAAUGAGUGAGUCAGUGACUUACUGACUGACUAAAUGAAUGAGUGAGUCAGUGAUUAAAUGAAUGAGUGAGUGUGACUGACUGAAUGAGUGAGUGAGUGAAUGAACGAAUGAAUGAGUCAGUGAUUAAAUGAAUGAGUGAGUUACUGACUGACUAAAUGAAUGAGUGAGUGAGUCACUGACUGAAUGAAUGAAUGAGUGAGUGAGUGACUUACUGACUGACUGACUAAAUGAAUAAGCGAGUGAGUGACUGAAUGAACGAAUUAAUGAGUCAGUGACUUACUGACUGACUAAAUGAAUGAGUGAGUCAGUGAUUAAAUGAAUGAAUGAGUCAGUGACUUACUGACUGACUAAAUGAAUGAGUGAGUCAGUGAUCAAAUGAAUGAAUGAGUGAGUCAGUGACUUACUGACUGACUAAAUGAAUGAGUGAGUCACUGAAUGAACGAAUGAAUGAGUGAGUCAGUGAUUAAAUGAAUGAAUGAGUGACUUACUGACUAAAUGAAUAAGUGAGUGAAUGAAUGAGUGAGUCAGUGAAUGAGUGAGUGACUUACUGACUGACUGACUAAAUGAAUGAAUGAGUGAGUGAGUGCAUGAGUGUGAACUCAUUUUAAUGUAUAACUGGACUGUAGGCUGCAGCAGAGACCACAUCACUACCUCUCUGUAAUACCGGCCAUCUCUGUGCAUCAACCACACCACUUUCUGAACCAUGAAACAGCAAAGAAUUCCAUCAUGUAUGACACACGUUCUUCAGGAUGUAACUGGUUAAGCCCUUAAUAUGGUGUAGGUUCAUAUUAAACAUACUACGCCUUGGAGACCUCACUGUAAUAUUAAUAACGUAACUGAUAUUUGUUUAAAUCUUAAAGAACACCUGCAUUAACUAAGAUUUAUUCCGUUACCAAUAUGAUAUUGAUGGAGUUCAUUUGUGGAAAAGUGAAAUUGAAUUAGUUCUCAUUUCAGUCUGGACAGGAGCACAGUGUGCAAGGAAAUAAAUCAGCCGCUCAUGCUAUUAUAGGAAAUGAAUCCUCUCACAGUCCUGCAAUUAGCCAAUGAUUACGAUUUCCAAUGUAUGUUAUGAUUUUGAUUCUUUUAUAGUUACAGGAGAACAUUCCAGAAGAAGUGCUACUUACAUUAAAGCAGCUAUUUUUGCUUUAACAUCCUCUCUUGAAGCUAACAAGACUAAUAGGAUGAAUAAGGCUAAUGGCUGAAGGCAAUAAGACUAAUAAAAAAUGAAAUGUCCUGAAAACUUUCCUGGGUCAGAAAACUUUGACACGUGAGACUGAUUCCUCACUCUAGCAACUACUAUUUGAUUUCCUUGUUAAAUAAGACUUUUUCUAAACAAAUGUUCUUUAUCAUUAGAUUAAGUGAAGUAUGUUGAUUAUUUUGAUUAUUAAUUCCUCUUCCACAAAAAUCUGACUGCACUAGUAAAUUUUGUAUUUAUUAAAGAAUGACCAAUACAUUACUGUUGUCGGAAAUGAAUCAACAACUUCUGUCCAAUCAGAUUCAAGAAUUCAGAAACAGAUUUAAAACAUGCUUGAGAUCCUGGUUUAUGAUCAUUUCUGUCCCAUCACGUAUUUCUAUUAAGCCUGCAUCUCAAUGUUAAUGUUUCAGACAGUCGGACUCGAUCAGAUCGGCUGUGUGAGUUUGUGUGUGUAUUUUUGCAUUUCUGUACUGAAGGAAAGAACUGAACAUCAGAUUAAUUACUGAUGAUUUUAUCAACAAUAUUGACAGAAUUGUGUUUCUAUGCCAUAUAGAUCUACUGCAUCAAGGUUGCUGGUGGAAAAAUGAUUUAAGAUAAUCUGUAAAAGUGAGUAAUAGAAAAAAAUCGAUCUAUUUAUUUUCCACGAAACAGAAGAGCUGUUAUAGAAACUCAACAGAUGAUCAGAACGAAGAACCGCUGUGGCAUGAGAUAUAAUAUUAUUUUACUCUGGGGUUUUAAUGCUUUUAAAACGUGUUACUUGAGCACUCAGGAGACGAGCUAAUCAGUCUUAAUGUGAGCUAAUUUCCUUGGAUUUAUUUCUCGUCAUGAUAUGAAUAAACAUUAGCUGAUGCAGGUGUUUGUGAAAACUCAAAACGAGUGCUGAGUGCUUUGUUAAUAUGACACAAGGUGAUGAUUUGUUCAUGUUAAUUACUACAGUAAAUAAUGUUCGUUAAAGGAUUACGGUUCCCUUAGCCAACAUUAUGGUGUGUAUUCAUAACACAUCACUACAUUUUCUUUUAGAAAUUUUAAAGGGCUCUUUAGUGUCUGCUCGGUGAUCCUUUCACAUUAAGGGUUCUGGUAAUGGUGGGUGCUGCUGAUGGUCAGUAGGCAGAAAUAUACUGUGCAUAAUCUCUGAAUUAUGCAACUACAGGUAACAAAACAGUCAUUUAUUACCUCUCGAGAACGCACCUCGGCUCUGUUGAAGUCUCUCUCAGCUGUCGUGUGUAUCUGAGUUUAUUUUCUGUGUAUAGUCCCUGUAUAUAAACCUUCAAUACCAUUUAAUAGUCCAUAACACAAAUACAUGCCUUAAACUACUCUGUUCUUGGAUAAACUGGCAUCACUGAGCUUGUUUCUUUGGGAAUUUUCCAAUGAUUUGAGUUGUAGAGACAAUCUGACAUGGAUGCAUCAUCCGUCGUCUGUGUAUCUGUUACUCUGAUGUUCGUGUCUCGGUCUUGUGCUCGGUGAUUUCUGUACUUUUUCCAUGUGUAAUCCUGAACUUCCCCCCAAAGCAGUUGUGACUAUGACGGAUACACUGCAUGUGAGCGAGCAGGUCUGUGUGUGUGUGUGUGUGUGUGUCCUCACACCUAUGCCUUGUUGUUACAUUCAUGUUGUUAAUUCAUUUCAAUUAGCAAACCUCGCCUUAUCAUUUGUAAAUAAUAAAGGAGUGUUCAAGCAGA